AUGGAGCCCUUCCUCAGGAAGAGGCUGGCCUUCCUGUCCUUUUUCUGGGAGAAGAUCUGGCCGACCGACGCGCCGCGGUUCCCGGACCCCGACGCUGACCUGGAACCGGAGCCCGCCGCAGAGGAACCCAGUACCGCGGAGCCUUGCAGUCCACCGGCGCCCGCGCAGCUCUUCAGGGCGCUGUCCGACUUCACGGCGCGGCGCGCGGAGGAGCUGAGCGUCAGCCGCGGGGACAGGCUCCACGCCCUCAGGGAGGAGGGCGGCUACAUUCUGGCCCGCAAACUCUCGGGCUGGCCCUGCACUGGCCUGGUGCCCAUCACCUACGUGGCUAAGGUGGCCCCUGAGACGCUCUCGGACCAGCCCUGGUACUUCAGUGGCAUCAGCCGAACCCAGGCCCAGCAGCUGCUCCUGUCCCCCCCCAAUGCACCGGGGGCCUUCCUUGUCCGGCCCAGUGAGAGCAGCCAUGGGGACUACUCACUGUCAGUCCGGGCCCAGACCAAAGUCUGCCACUACCGCAUCUCCACGGCGGCCGAUGGCAGCCUCUACCUGCAGAGGGACCGGCUCUUUCCCAGUCUGGAUGAGCUGCUGGCAUAUUACAAGGCCAACUGGAAGCUGAUCCAGAGCCCACUGCUGCAGCCCUGCACACCCCAGAAGUCCCUUGAGCAGGACGAGUGGGAGCGGCCCCACUCGGAGUUCACCCUGCGGAGGAAGCUGGGCGAAGGCUACUUCGGGGAGGUGUGGGAAGGCCUGUGGCUGGGCUCCAUGCCCGUGGCGGUCAAGGUCAUCAGACCAGGCGAUGUGAAGCUCACAGACCUGGCCCAGGAGAUCCAAACGCUCAAGAGCCUGCGGCAUGAGCGCCUCAUCCGGCUUCAUGCAGUGUGCUCGGCGGGCGAACCCGUUUACAUCGUCACGGAGCUCAUGCGCAAAGGCAGCCUGCAGGCCUUCCUGGGCAGCCCCGAAGGCCAGGCCCUGAGCCCACCCCUCCUGCUGACCUUUGCCUGUCAGGUGGCCGAGGGCAUGAGCUACCUGGAGGAGCAGCGCAUCGUGCACAGGGACCUGGCUGCCAGGAAUGUGCUCGUGGGCGACAACCUGGCCUGCAAGGUGGCCGACUUUGGCCUGGCCCGGCUGCUCAAGGAUGACGUCUACUCCCCGCGCAGCGGCUCCAAGAUCCCUGUCAAGUGGACAGCACCCGAGGCAGCCAACUACUGCGUGUACUCACCCAAGUCUGACGUCUGGUCCUUCGGGGUUCUGCUCUACGAGGUCUUCACGUAUGGCCGGUGUCCCUAUGAAGGGAUGAGCAACCACGAGACUCUACAGCAGAUCUCACGGGGGUACCGGCUCCCGCGCCCAGCCGCCUGCCCGGCUGAGGUCUACACGCUCAUGCUGGGGUGCUGGAGGCGCUGCCCGGAAGAGCGGCCGGACUUCACCACACUGCGGGAGAAGCUGGGUGCCACGAGCAGGCGCCGCCGCCCCGCCCUCACAUGACCCGGGCCCCUGCCCAGGCACCCCCCUCACGGGACAGUGUUUGCCAACAAUACCUGCUGCUCAGAACUGGUGCCAGCCCACAGAGCCUCUGGCUGUGGGCCUCACACCCUGACACGUGCUGGCACACACGGCUUGUGCACACGAGGCAGACAUAUGCGAAUACCCGCUCAGACAGGAGAGGGACCAGCGUCCUCCACCAGGGUGACCAGUGUUCCCCAGAGAGGGAGGGUCUCAGCAGAGAAGCCCAGACAGAGCCCACAUUCGCCCUGACCUCAGGGAGACAUGGGGCAGAGAGGCCUCCUGCCGGUGCCUGCCUCAUCGAGCCCCCUCCCACAGUCAGGAGCCUUGGUGGGUUGCUGUGGCCUUCUUGCAGCUGUCGGUGCUAGGGCUUUGGCAAGCCCGUGGCACUGGCCCCACGUGGCACAGACUGGCAUAGCCGCUCCCUCCUGUGGGCCACCUGGGCCUGAGCCCCUAACCAGAACAGGACCUGGGGCUGACGGCUCAGCCCUCCGUCUGGUGGAUCGUGCCCGAGGAAGAGCUGGCUCUCACGUGCCCACCUCCACCCCAGGGCAUCUUGGCGCCCACAUCCGGGGAUUCAGAGGCAGCACACCCCCUGGGCUGUGGGCAGGAACAGGAUGGCGGGGGAGGCUGCAGAGGCCAGGUGAACGGCCUUUCCCAUGCCCCUGG